UUUCCGGUUUUUUGACUCAAAUCCGUAACUUUAACUCGCAGAACUGCCUCAAAAGCCUCCAAUGCGCUCAGGGAAAAAGUGAUGUGUGAAAUUUUUGUCGUGUGAAACAGGCGAUGAGCACAAGAUAUCCAAGGAAGAAAUUCAAGAUUUUAUUUUAAUACAAACAACAACUCUCCUCUGCGUGAAGAUGGAAUUGAUGAACAGCAACGGGAAUUCGCUCGGAUCGCUCAUCGGUGCGCCUCACGAUUCGCCAAAUGGCAAACAUGACGCUCUUUUGGGUACCGCAAGUCAAGAUGAGAAGCAAUACUCGAACGGGAGUGAUCCGCUGAAAAUUCCCUUUGGCUUGCCUUUCAACGUAAAUGACUUUUCGACAUCUGUUGCCGAUGUUUUGUAUUCGUCUCCCGUCGGUACCAUAAGUCGCAUGCCGCAUGAUUUGUUGUCGGGAGGCAAUGCAGGACAUACGCCAAGUACGUCGCCGCAAACGAGUUCAAGCGCUGGAAGCGGGCAUCAUCAGUUUCCCUUUAUGGGAGCUCUUUGUGGUCGAUGCGAAUCGAAUGCGAUCAGUCGUUGUUUGGAUUGUAACGACAUGUUAUGCGACAAAUGUGUGUCUUCGCAUCGUUUAUCGCCCGAUUUCGCGGAUCAUUGUGUCACAAAUUUAAAUAAUUCCCCGAUUUUCGGCUCAAAUAUCGCAUUUUCGAACAAUUGCAACGAAAAAUUCGCGACACAAGAACCUUUUUGUGCAAUUCACAAGGAAUCGUUGCGCAACGGGUACGUUUGUGAGAAUUGCAAGACGAUAAUUUGUCAGGAAUGCAUGUUAUUGGGCGAGCAUAAAGAUCAUUCUUGUAUCCCGGUGAAAAAUGUGACUGAAGGAGCACGCGACAAGAUGAUGGCAAUUAUCGAAAGUGGCAAAUUGGGCACGAAAUACAUCAAGGCAGGCAUAGAUCGUGCCGUUAUAAGCUCACAAGCCGUUGAACGUGACGCCAGCGAGAUUACAAUUCGAAUUCGGAAGGCGAUGCGUCAUUUUAUCCUCGCUGCGGAAGAUCGUGAACGAGUUUUGCUUGAACGUGUCGAAAAAUAUCGCUUACAACGUUUGAAUAUUCUCUCGGAUCAGAUGACAGGCUUACGUUCUGCACUUUCAGGUCUUGCUACUGCUUCAGAAAAUUUGAACAAAGCUCUCGAUAUGAUCCAUAACAUGACGCCGCUCGAUGUCGCAAGUCUCUUAACGAAAGGCGAAGCCCAGAUGGAACGUUUUGCGGCAAUGUACAAGAGUCUCCAACCCAAAGAGGAGUUUUUGUACUUCCUUCCGCCCAAUUUUGACUUGUUACAAGAGAUUCGCACGCAAGGAGAAGUCUUGACUACAUUUCAAAAGAAUCCCGUUUUGACAUCAGCUUCAGUUGCGGUGCCUCCAAACCCCCAAGCUGUGCGUCGCAACUCCGUUCGAAGUCAACACGAGAACGAUUUUGAGCCAAUUGCGCCUCCCUUCAACAAUAUUCUCUCUUACAGCAUUCCGAAUUGCAAAAAUCACGUCGUUGUGAAACCCGCACUUGGUCCAACUCUCACUUUUGGCUUCGAUGGGCACGAAGAUGGCCAAUUGUCGCGUGCUUGGGGCUUAUGCACUGACAAAGAUGGCAACAUUAUCGUUGCUGAUCGUCGAAAUAACCGAAUUCAAGUGUUUUCCUCCGACGGAUCUUUAAACUUGAAAUUCGGUACAAAAGGAUCCGGAAACGGGCAAUUUGAUCUUCCAGCGGGCGUUUCGACAGAUUCGCAAAAUCAAAUUGUCGUCGCCGACAAAGACAAUCAUCGUGUUCAAGUUUUCACAGCAACCGGUACUUUUGUACGAAAAUUCGGCAGUUUCGGCAAAGAAUGCGGACAAUUUCAGUAUCCAUGGGAUAUUGCGGUCAAUUCGAAGGGCGAAAUGUUGGUAACGGACUCACGUAAUCACAGAAUUCAACUUUUCAGCAAUGACGGGCAGUUUAUUUCGCGUUUCACGUUCGAUGGGGUGAAUCAUUGUCGUUAUUUGAAAGGGUUUACGACACCGAGAGGCGUUUGUUUCACUCCCAGCGGACAAGUACUCGUUACGGAUUUCGAAAAUCAUCGUUUGUUGCUCAUUGAUUCGGGUUUGACAAAGAUCAAGGCAGUUAAGGGUCACGAAGGUUCCGGCACGGGAUGUUUUUGUCGUCCUUCGGGUAUUUGUUGUGACGACGAUGGCAAUGUAAUUGUUGCAGACUCGAAAAAUCAACGUGUGCUGAUUUUUACGCCGCAAUUGGAGUUUUUGUGGGCCAUUGAGAUCAAGUCGUCGUUCGUUAAUGUGCAUGGCAUGGGCGGUACCGAUGACAAAGAUCGCCCAAGUGAUGUUGCAUUGUUGCCUGAUGGGCGUCUCGUCAUUAUGGUUGAAACGUCGCCCGAUUGUCGUGAUCAAUGUUCCCCGCAAAAGACAUUCAUCCAGAUUUAUUAACGAGAAAAUGCACUCCGAGUGCAUGCGGUUUGUAGUUCAAAAUAUUUUUUCUAAAGA